UGGUUGCGAACAUGCAGUAUUGUAGAGGCACUGUUAUACAGAUCUGUGAUUGGGGGGGGCAACAAGACAUUGUGGUUAACACAAUGUAUCGCAUUAUUUUUAAAACUGCACACUCUUUAAAAUAACCCAGCAACAUAUAAGCCAGAAAAUUGUAUUUUGCAGCGCGCACAUGAGUCGUGGUGUUUCUGUGUGGAUCGAAACCAAUUAGUCCUUUAAAGAUUAAAGCUGGUGUACCGCAGGUGUGCACCACACAGCGAAAUGACCACGCCGUACACAAACAUCUGACCCAUAUUGUUUGCUUUUUGUUGUUGUUGUUGUUGUUGUUGUUAUCGAACAAUUCAAAAUGCAUUUUCCUUUAAAGGCUAAAGCCGAUUCAGAGGUCUUGGCGCUAUAAGAAGCAGGGCACUUAUUCGCCUACAGAGAUAGACGCUUCGGAUUUACGAUUUACUGUAGACAUCUUCUUGCAGAAAUAGGAGAUUGGUAGUACAGCUAGGGGGAGAUCUGGUACAGUAUCUAAAAUCAGGAAGCACUCCAGAGAAAUGUUAUUGCACACAGAGGCUGUGUGUCAGCAGAGAUCUGCCGCUUUCAACGUUACUAACGCAAGCGAGAUUCAGUGAUAUAAAUAUACAUUUGAGACGCAGUCAGGCGUUUUAGAAUCUCCUCCACUGGAUUUUUACUUUUUGUUUUUUGGGACAAGAAACCACUGAAGGAAGACUGGAACGGGGAGAUCUUAACAAGAUACAUUUUAGAGGCAUUUUUGUUCCUUCUUCAUUUAGCCCGUUUCCUUCAUCAUGGCUACAACAACCUGUACCAGGUUUACUGACGAAUACCAGCUUUUCGAGGAGCUUGGGAAGGGUGCCUUCUCAGUUGUGAGGAGAUGCGUGAAGAUCUCGACUGGACAGGAGUAUGCUGCCAAAAUUAUCAACACUAAAAAGCUCUCUGCCAGGGAUCACCAGAAGUUGGAAAGAGAGGCUAGAAUUUGUCGUCUUCUGAAGCAUCCCAACAUUGUGAGACUCCAUGACAGCAUAUCAGAAGAGGGAUUUCAUUAUCUAGUCUUUGAUUUAGUAACUGGAGGGGAAUUGUUUGAAGAUAUUGUAGCCAGAGAGUACUAUAGUGAAGCAGAUGCAAGUCAUUGCAUUCAGCAGAUCCUGGAGGCUGUGCUACACUGCCACCAGAUGGGUGUAGUCCAUCGGGACCUGAAGCCUGAGAAUUUACUUUUAGCUAGUAAAUUGAAGGGGGCAGCAGUGAAGCUAGCAGAUUUUGGACUGGCGAUUGAAGUUCAAGGGGACCAGCAAGCCUGGUUUGGGUUUGCUGGUACUCCAGGUUAUUUGUCACCUGAAGUUUUAAGGAAGGAUCCAUAUGGAAAACCUGUUGACAUGUGGGCCUGUGGUGUCAUUCUUUAUAUUUUGCUGGUUGGCUAUCCUCCAUUCUGGGAUGAAGAUCAGCACAGGCUGUACCAGCAGAUCAAGGCAGGAGCCUAUGAUUUCCCAUCACCAGAGUGGGACACAGUGACUCCUGAAGCCAAAGAUCUGAUUAAUAAGAUGUUAACGAUCAACCCUGCUAAACGAAUCACAGCAUCAGAAGCACUGAAACACCCAUGGAUCUGCCAACGAUCUACUGUGGCUUCUAUGAUGCACAGGCAGGAGACUGUGGAAUGCCUGAAGAAGUUCAAUGCCAGAAGAAAACUGAAGGGAGCAAUCCUUACAACUAUGCUUGCCACAAGAAACUUCUCAGCAGUGAAAAGUUUGAUGAACAAAAAGCCAGAUGGUGUGAAGAUUAACAACAAAACCAACGUAGUAACCAGUCCUAAAGAACCUAUACCUACUCCAGCUCUGGAGCCUCAAACCACAGUAAUCCACAACCCAGCUGAUGGAAAUAAGGAGUCUACUGAGAGCACCAACACCACUAUUGAAGAUGAAGAUGUGAAAGCUCGUAAACAGGAGAUUAUCAAAGUUACUGAGCAGCUGAUUGAAGCUAUUAACAGUGGUGACUUCGAAGCAUACACAAAGAUCUGUGAUCCAGGCCUGACAUCAUUUGAGCCAGAAGCCUUAGGCAACCUGGUCGAAGGAACUGAUUUCCACAGGUUCUACUUUGAAAAUGCUCUGUCCAAGAGCAACAAACCGAUCCACACCAUCAUCCUCAACCCACACGUGCAUCUGAUCGGGGAAGACGCGGCCUGCAUAGCGUACAUCCGGCUGACCCAGUACAUGGAUGGCGGCAGCAUGCCCAAGACCAUGCAGUCUGAGGAGACCCGCGUGUGGCACCGCAGGGAUGGCAAAUGGCAGAACAUCCACUUCCAUCGUUCGGGCUCCCCCACCGUGCCCGUCAAUUAAUGGGCUUCACAAUACACAGACGCAGCCAGAAGUCUCUUCCUGUUAGCCGACCAGCGUCCCCACGCUCCAGCCUCUCGAAGUCUUCUGUCUGCUCCCUCCCAUUUGUUGUUAAUCCAUCAUUCUUUGUUGUUUACACUUAAUUGGUGGAAAUGCCCCAUGCAGAAAUAAAGACAAGAACGCAAAAAAGUCAUUAUUUCAAAUGCAUUGUGUGAUGCUAAUGGAUCUCAUUUUCAGGACAGUAGUCAAAGGAGUUUUUUUAAGGCUGUAUAAAUGUUUUAUUUAGACAACAUUUGUAUAUCUGCUAGGGUCAUUAUUGGUGGGUGAGAUAUACGUUUACUACCUAUUCUUUCAAAUUUGAUUUAUCUUUCAGAUGUUUUAACGAUAUCCUAAAUAUUGCUGUUUGGCCACAUUUUCUGCAGCUUGUGGUAUAUCUAAGUGCACAAGCCCAUGAGCAAUUCCUGAUAAACUGAGUUCGUUGUAAAUGGGACUAAUAAUUACGAAAGUUAAUAAAUGUACAAAUUUGGGUUUACAAAACCUGAUGUUCCAUUUUCUGUUUUCAUAUCCAUGUGAUUUGAUACUCUUCAGGUCUGCCAUUUAGCUCUGCUUUCAAAUCUCUGAUUCAGUUUGCUCACAAUAUGAGAACAUUUAUAUAAAACUAGCUUGCUUUUAUGGUGAUGUUUUACAGACGUUGUGAUUGAAGUAAAAUGCUAUAAUUGCUUUUUAUGGGAAUAUUUGGGCUUUCUUGUGAACUCAGUUUACCAGCUUUUUUGGUUUGAUGUAUUCCAAUAUAUAAAGCAUACCUGGACCAUACAGAGAGUUAGAAAGUAAGAAGGGAUAAAUCAUGUAUUUUGCUUCAUCUUUGCCAAUACGUAAUCAUUGACAAUAUUAACAUUUUUAUUAUUAUAAAAUGUAAAACAUAUACAAUGCCAUUGAAUCACCAGAGGGAAAAGCAUAUUUGUACCAUGAUAUUUUAUUAGUAAUUUGUGAUUUUUUUUUUACAUUGUGCAAUUGAUAGAUAUUCCUGCAGAUACUGGGUUAUUCUUAUUUCUUUCUUCCUCUAGCAUUGUUUAAAUUGUUUUAAUACAUAUGGGGCUAAACUACAGUAUAUAAUGCUGUGAUGUGUAGUGCAUGAUAAGCCAUUGUGUCUUACUCUGAGCAGCAAGUAGUUCAGUCCUGAAUGGAAUCUUUAUAUCAAUUCUUUGUGUUAGCAACUCAGUUUCAAACAAUGUUAAAAUAGAUGUUUUCUUAAGCAAAAUUGACAUACAGUAGUUACAGACUCCAUCUUUAACUAGUUAACACUUUAUCUUACUAUUUUUUGUAGAUAGUUUUGCGCAUAUGAGUGUAUUGAGCCAUGUCAUUUUGCCAAUAAAAUUGUGUAGGAAAAUGUAACUUUUCUUUAUCUGUUAACAGCUAGUGUGGCAACAAUGUAUUUGAAUAAGUAAUAAAUGUGGCGUUUGGCAUUUUAAUAUCUAAUGUGGUGUUGGAGUAUUAUAAUAUGUCAGGUUGGUCUUCCAAAAGAAUUUUUUGAGGGAAUCAAAACUAGUUCUUUCUUCACCACAAUGAGAUGGAGCUUUAUCUUUUUUUUCUAUAUUUGCACAGCUGCAGUUUACCAUGGGACACAGUGUACAUAAACUUGCCAUUACGGUAAAGGACUGAUUGAUACGCAUAUUUAAGUAAUAAUAAAAUGUGUGAUUUCUUCUGA